AUGGAGCAUGGGGGGUUAAAAACCGUCUCGGGGAGUUUCACUCCAGUGCGACGCAAAGAAUCAACAUUGAAUGAUGGGAGGUUUGGUCCGGAUGCUGAGAGAGAAUGGACUGCAGCUCGGUGUAAUCGAUUGUUACGACCUUUGACCUCUCGAAUUGCAAUUUUACAUAAGGCUAAACAGGACUCUCUUAACUGCAUGAAAGUUCAAUCUAAAAAGGGCAAAUUGGUUUCUGAUCCAAACAUUGACACAUCAAGCCAGGAAAUUACCAAUAAUAAUGCAGACUGGGUUGGGCGGAAGAGAGUUAAAAGGAAAUACUCUGGAAGGACGGGUACCAAAAGAUCGGAGCAACCCAUUGUCAAUACGGAACCUUUUGCCAGAGUAGCCUCGAAUGGCAGAGGCUCAUCAGUCCCUGGAGAAAUUGUGGUUCCAACGCCAUUACUCAACCGGGCUUGGAGAAAAUCCGCCUCACCAUAUCGCCCAAUACCCUACAAAGGAACUGCUCCCGGGCAUUGCCAACAAAUGAGCACAGCUUCAGUUUCUGACAGGCAAAUUAAAGCUCGAGUUUUGGGGGCCAGCAAGACGCACACUAUAGGAUCCCAAGCAUUGUGCAAAAUUCGCAAUACGAUGAGUCCUGCUCGCUUCAACAUCUAUGAAGGUAUUUAUAAUGGUCUCGAAGCAUUACUUAGGGCAACCCAUCCUAUUGUACCAAAGGGUCAUGAAAAGGGACCUAAGUCAUUACUAUCCCUGUGUCUCGCAACAGUACCAAAAUACAUUACCAUGGAGGAAGAGUUAUUAUAUAGUGAGAUUCAAAGAGUAGGGUCCUAUUCGGCCAUCGAGAAGAGGGAUAUAUCUACAGAAGUAUAUGAUGACCUCGAGUUGUUUGGUUCAUGUGGUCGUGGUUGGAAACAUCUUCAAAGUGUAGUCCGACCGCAUGGUGUUCAAAUAAUUCGCGAUGCAAUUUUGGAAGAUCUUUUGGAAUUCAACUUCUGUGAAAUACUCGUCGAUCUUUGUAUAUAUUCAGGGCAUCACGACGAAGCAGAACUAAUACUAUCAAGUCUACUUUCAGCAUACAAGUUUCCUGCUCCAACCAAAUGUUUUUCAGAUCAUGUCUCACAUGGGCCACUAUCAAAAAUUCGAAAAUUCGUCCAAGUGACGAAUCGUACCUGUCGUACCACCACGAUUAGCGACACACAUUUAAAGCUUCUGAAGGACUGCGUGAGACUCAUAAGGCGCAAUGCUAAGGAGACAGAUUUACAAAGUACCAUUUUACUUUUGGCAUGUUUAGUGACGAGGUCUAAUGCAGAGGAUACGUCAGACCUCAUCAUCGAUCCUUUGUGUCAAAUGCUUGCCCAUAAGACUUUGUACAAUGAGGCUGUGAGCUUCUUAUCUUCUGUGGCUCGUUGCUGUGGUAAAGGGGCCUCUACCUCUGGUUUUGAAUAUCUCCAAGACAUACAUCGGAAGCUAAAGAUGGUUAUUGCGGGUAGAGGCUCAAAGACGAGGGCUAUUUGGCAUGGAAUUAUCGUGGAUAGCGCAUUUGCUUUCGCGCAAGCAACACCGGGCCAAAAAUAUCUUGACUACGCGGAUUCUUUGGAUGGCGAACUUCAUGCUGAAAGCUCGAAAAGACCUGGCAAGGGGAGGAAAGAGGCUUACCAUGAACCAGCAGCUUUCCGGUGGGAAGAGGGUAUAAGCUCUUGGGUAACAGCAACGCCUGCUAGCAAUAACAGCAAGUUUAAGAGCAUACCUAUCAACUUUCAGAGUGACGAGGUCGAUUUUGAAUCACCUUCGGUCCGCUCACAACGGCCUGUGCAAUUAAAUCGAGGGGUUAAGAGGCAAUGCGAUGUCAAUAAACAUGAUCAUUCGGGUGAGCCAGAGAUGCAACUACCGUCAAGGCCUCAAAAGAGAACACGCCGACAGAAGGCUGCUGCUUUUUAUGUCUGGCAUUGUGAAAGCAGUGAUGAUGAGCUCAACUCCAGCUAUGAAUCUUCUGAAAAUACCCAUGUUUUGAAAAAUCUUCAAAACGCAGAAACCCGACGUCGAUCGAAGCUUCAGACAAAAACCCAAAAAGCGAGCCUAACCAUCAAUUGCAAAGAAGAGUCACUCAGCGAAGAUGAACUGGGCAUAUGA